AUGGCACAGGAAACGUUUAUCCAUGAUUCGUCUUCAUCAUCAUGCUCACAAGGUCAUCAACCAUCGCUAAUCCUCCGAACCAUAGAAGGCGGUUCCAUCUGCUUAGUUUGCCUUUCCAAUCUCAUCUCCACCUCUAAAUCCCCCACGGUUCACGUUUCCUACGCUCUCUCUCAGUUCUCACAAGCCUUUUCUCAGCCUACUUUCCGUCAAGAUCUCCUUCAACUUCAUCCUCACUUCCUCGUCCUUCCUCUAGUCGAAUCACUUUCCUCAUUCGAAGAUGAACCGAUCGCACGCCAGGUAUUCGAUAUCAUUUCCGACCUUUGCAGUUCAACCGAUACUUGCUCAGUUUAUGCGGACUUUCUUCUUCGGAUUUCUGAUAAACUUUCAUCUGGCGCGCUUGGAUGGAGUCGCCGUCAGGUGCAUACGCUCCAUUGCUUAGGCAUGCUUCUCAAUGACAAGAAAAAUAAUUCACAAGCAAACGUGGCUGACAAAGAUGUCCUCCUUUUCAACCUUGUCGAGGGUCUUCAAUUGCCUAGUGAAGAAAUUCGGGGAGAGAUAUUUUUCAUUCUGUAUAAAAUGGCCAUCAUUGAGUAUGCCGGCAAGGAGGGUAGUGGCGUUGCUGACAAUUUAUCUUUCUUUUGUCCCAAACUGUUGCAAUUGUCCUUGGAAGCCCUUAUGAAGAUUCAAAGUGAUGAUGCUCGCUUGAAUUGUAUAGCGCUUUUGACGGUGUUAGCUCAGAGAGAUUUAUUUGUAACUUCAUGUGCUGAUGAAACCGGUGGCAAGGAUUUUUGCGAAGCCGACAACUUCCUACACGGAACAGAAGAUGUAAUUAGUGGAUCUUCUCUUGAUGUCCUGUUUGCGGAGGCCAUGAAAGGCACAUUGUUGUCUUCAGAUACUGAAGUACAGGUUAGCACAUUAAAUUUGAUUUGUCUGUAUCUGUCAAGGGAAGGUGGUUCAAGCAACAAGGUCCAGAUUCUGCUGGAUGAAAGCAUUGCAGAUUAUGUAUUUGAAAUUCUCAGGUUGUCAGGCUGUAAAGAUCAUUUGGUGACUUCCAGUGUUCAGGUUCUAGGUCUUAUGUCAACUUCUGAGCAAUCCUUCAGACAGAGGCUUGCUAUUGGGUUCUCAACCCUCAUUCCUGUUCUGCAAUAUGUAGCUGAGGUCCCCUUUCAUGCUGCUCAAUCUCAAACACUGAAACUUCUGUGGAACUGUGCCUCAAAUUGUCCAGGAAUAGUAUCUGUCUCCCAUGUUGAAGAACUAAGUACUCUUUUGGUAGGGAUGCUCAAGAAAUAUGUUGAUGGAAAGAUAGACAUGCUUCCAGAAACGUUUUCUAUGGCCUGCUUAAUCCUUAUAGCUCUUAUGAAUGUUCCUUCUUCUUAUGGGUCUUCAACUUUCUUAAAAUUGGUUAGCCAUGCAAUUAGGCAUGCAAUUCUGAAUUGCUUAAGCCUACACCAGCAGUAUCCUGGAAAUCUUAUACAUUCUCUCCAUCUCUUGAGGGAGGCAUAUUCUUACAGUCUUGAAGAGAAAGUGUUGAGCUCCAAUGGUCUGGAAUUAACUAAUGAUAUUGUUUUUGUUUGUAAGACACAAGUAUUCCCUUGGUUUGUGAAAGCUGUAGGUGAGAUAGAAAAGGAAGAAGUUGUCUUAUCUGUCCUAGAGAUUUUCCAGUUGGUCAUGCUUCAAGAUUCCAAUACCCAAACUAGGGAAUUUACUGAAUUUUUAGUUUCAUCAUCUUGGUUUAGUCUUAUUUUUGGAUAUUUAGGUUCCUUUCCAACUGAAAAUCUGAAAUGGAGAGCCUAUCAAACAUUCAGCUCAGUUGUGGAUGUUCUUCUUGGAGAUAAUAUGGGACAGCCUAUUAGAGAUGCAGCUUCAUACUUGCCAUCAGAUCCAGUAGAUUUCCUAUUCCUUCUUGGCAAGAGCAGCUCCCAUAGUUCAGAGUUGGUGUUGUGUCAUUCUUCCGUCUUCUUGAUGUUACAUAUCAGCUCCUUGUAUGACGACAGGCUUGCAGAUCAUAAGCUUGUUUUAACUUGUUUAGAACAAUAUAUGCUGGCAAACAGCAAUGAGUUACUAUCUGGGGCUGCUGAUGUCAUGCCACUGGAGCUUCUGCUAAGUACUUAUGGCCUUUAUAGAGGACUUGCAAAGAUGAAUUACCAAAUUCCUUAUAGUCAAGAGGCUGAGAGGAUUCUAUUCAUUCUAUUGACUGAAAAAGAGUGGGAUUUGCCAUCCACAAGAAUUCAUCCAACAGCAUUAAAAUGGCUGUUUCAACAGGAACGAUUAUGUAUCCCACUGUUGCAACAACUCUUGAAACUUUGCAGUUGCAAUGGUAGUACACAUGAUCACACGAUUGUCAACAGAGAUAGUGGCCAUUAUAUAAAUAUUGGUACUCUAUCCCAGUUGGUUGCAUCGGGAGAUAGUUAUGCGGCAAAACUUUUGGUAUGUAUGAUGUAUGACCUAAUUCGAGAAGAUGUUGAGCAAGAGAAAAUCGUCUCUGUGUUGAAUAGUGUGGCAGAAAUGAUUGUUAUUUCUCCAUCAACUCCAGUUCAAUUAUGUUCGCAUGGCAUUGGAGUUGUAAUACAUAAUGUCUUUAGCCAUUUGGGAAAUUCCUACAGUACUGAAAUGUUCCUGGCCAUUUGUGAAGUUACAGUUAGCAUUCUAGGUUCAGUCCAUUCAGAGUCACUUCUUGAUGAUGAAGUGUGGGCUACAGUUGCAGUGCAGUUGAUGGAAUACCUGGCCAUGACUCAUGAAGAGACCUGUACAGAAGAAGCUCUCAAUGUAUUUGGCAUUCUUUCAUUGAUUCUUCAUCAUUCAAGUAACCAAGUUCUUCUAGAAGCUUCAAAAGUUAUAUUCCUGAGCCCUGUCUUAGUAUCCAUCAUAAACAACACUAUCAGUGCAGCAUGUGGAAAGGGGCCUUCUUUGGUUGAGGAUGGCGAGGGAACAAGGACUGAACAAGCCUUGAUACUUGUUCUUCUCAUAUAUUUCUUUACUUUGCGAAGUGUGCACGCUGUUCUACCAGGGGCAAUGGACUGGCGACAUUUUCCCAGUCAAACCAUUGGGAAGCAUUCACUAGAACUUGUCAGUAUUAGUGGCUGUGAUUUGUGCAGGCUGAUGCAUUUUGGUUCUGAUAUUGUCAAGGUGGUUUCAUCAUUUUGCCUCUUGGAAAUGGUGCUAAUUAUUUCAGAUCAAAAGAAUGAGAAAUUGGAUGAAACGAGUGGAAGAAUGGGAGAUAUAUCAUCUGUCUUAUCUGUAUUAGAAGGCUUGAUAUUUUCUACUGAUAUUAGAGUUGCAAUGAACAGUAGCCUAUGUUUAUCAAUGAUUCUUGGAUGGGAGGAUGAUCCAAGGAGGAACUGGUGCAGAUUGAUAGUAGAGGAGCUUGUGAUAUCCUUGGCUGUUCCAUGUUCUGUCACGAAAUCAUUCAUGAACCACCAUAAGCCUGCAGUUCAUGUGACUGUGUCGUUACUAAAACAGACCAAAACUCCAGAGUGGUUGAAUUCUAUCCUUGACGAUUCGUGCAUAUCUAGUAUAAUAAAAAAUAUCAGAGUUGGUAAUCUGAGCACAGAGUUGGUUCUUUUAUUCAUAGAAUUGCUGAAUGCUGGCCGGUUGAAGACUGAAGAUAUUGCUUGCAUUAAUAAAGUAUUCCAGGCAUGUAAAAAAGAUCUAUAUUCAACUGAAGUUGAAUGCGAGAUGGCCCCGUCGGUUCCACGUGGAGAAAAAAUAAUCGGGUUUCUCAUUAAUACAAUGUCAUCACAGUCGUCUCGAGAUUUAUAUUUAAGAAAAAUCCUAGUUGGGAAUGACAGAUUGUUGGAAGCAAUAGAGUUGUUCUCUAGAAGUCUGAUGGAAGAAGAUUAUGGUAUCAUCUGAGAAGGUAUAUUUGUUUUCACAUUUCAAAGAUUUAGUUGAUUGAAGGAUAAUCUUUAUGCAUAUGAUAACUGUCAAUAAAGUUAUUUGAAAAUACUUCUUUUUUU